ACCAAUUUACAUCAUCGUCUUCACAUUCAGACAAUCAUUCUGCUUUGAAGCAUGCCAGAAAUAAGUUGUCUGUUGACAGUGAUGGUGAUAUAGCAAUUUUGCUGAAGGUAACCGGGAAAGGGAUUGGGAAAAUUUUACUAAUGGUUAUCAUGAUCGGAAGAAUGCCGUUCUCAGCGACCAUAGGAACCGAAACAAUUCUGAUUCUCUUGAUAAAAUGCUGCCAAGCAUAUCUGAGAAGGGUGUCUUACGGCGUUCACAGUCUAUGAUAGCUCGCAAGCGCAGUGACACAUGGCCAAGGAAAGCGACAAAUGAAUCUAGUUGCAACAGAAAAAGCCAUCAUGACAGUGGUAAUGGUAAAAUUAGCACAGCUGUCCAUGAUAAAUCUGCAUUUGAACGUGAUUUUCCAUCUCUUGGUGCUGAAGAAAAACCAGUGGGGUCUGAAAUAGGAAGCAUUUCAUCUCCUGACUUGAGUAAUAAAUCUGCGUUCGAACAUGAUUUUCCUUCACUUGGUGCUGAAGAAAGACAACUUGGGUCUGAAAUAGGAAGUGUUUCAUCUCCUGGUUUGAGUAUUCCUGGGCAGAGCUUUCCCUUGGGGACCCCACCUGGCACUGGCAGUUAUGGCAGGACAUCAGCUCUUGCAAACAUUUCUGUGGGUGUGGGAAGCAGUGGCAGAGGUGUGGCAGUUUCUUCAAAAAAUGCUUCUUCAGGCUCAACUCCAAUUUCAACGAUGAGUCUUAAUAUGGCUGAAGCAGUGGCUCAGGGGCCUUCUCGUGCUCGUACACCUCCCAUGUUAAACGUUGAAACUCAAAGGCUUGAGGAGCUGGCUAUCAAACAGUCAAGGCAACUAAUUCCCUUGGUGACAAUAUCAACGCCUAAAAGUUCGGUGGUCAGUCCUUCAGAGAAAUCGAAACCUAAAGUUGGACAGAAGCUGCAUCCUUCAGUCUCUUUUAACUCCACACAUGGCGGAACUUCAAGAUCUGACAGUAUAAAAGUUUCUAAUGAGAACAGGCUUUCCAUAUUCAAACCAUCACGAGAAUCAAAUGGUGUCUCCUUGGUGAACAAAAAGGAUAACUUGAGUCCUACUAAUGGAAGCAACAAACUUGUGAAUAGUCCACGAAGCGUCACUUGUUCAGCUGCUGCAUCUGCUCCCUUUAGGAGUUCAGGCAACAGCCCCUGGUCUGCCACUGCUGAGUGUAAUCAGACUCAAUUGUGGUUAACGGCAGAGAAGAGAGCAACUGCGCAAGCCCAGAGUAGGAAUGACUUCUUCAACCUUCUAAAGAAGAAAUCUACCACUAAAUCUGCUUCUUCUGUCCUUGAUCCCAGCCCUGCUAUGUCACAACCUGUCUCCGAGAAGCCUGAUGAACUUGGCACCGAAGAGUCCAGCUCUUCUGUUACUCUAAUGGAUGCAGGUGUUCUAUAACCAGAAAUCUCAAAUGCUGACUUGCCAACUGACAGUAGGAGUGAAAUAUCCCUGAAUGGAAAUGCUUAUACCGAGCCUCAUCACUGUUCUAGCAAUGGAGAUGGGCAUUCUAGGCCUGAUGUUUUCCUUCAUCCUGAUGAGGAAGAGGCUGCAUUUUUACGUUCCCUUGGUUGGGAAGAGAAUGCUGGAGAUGAUGAUGGUCUUACAGAAGAGGAGAUUAAUUCCUUUCUUGAGCAGUACUCGAAAUUGAAACCAUCUGCAAAAAUUCUCAGACGAAUGCAGUCAUUAGCCCGUUAAACUCUCAUAAUGGGACUCAUGGUGUUGCAUCAUCUGGAUUGAGCCCAAUGGAUUCCAGCGGAGAAGCUUUGACUCUUCAAAGUUCUAACCGACUUGGUAAAAUUUGAAUGCAUUGCGUAUUUUACCCUUCUUUUUAUGAAUAUUACGAUGAAAAUACAAGCAAUUUGUUUUUUAAAAGAAAGGAUAGGAUACAGUGUGCGUGUCGCCGUUCGUCUUAGUGUAUCGGAAUAAGUUACAACUGACUCAAUCCUGCACACAUUGAUGAGUUCUACCCGGUUUUUUAACAUAGGAUUUUCUAAGAUACAAGAACAAGGUUGAGACAGAGAGAGUAGGAGUAGGUUUAAGUUAUGAUGCCUGCAAUGUGUAAGAUUUUGCUGCGGGGUACAUAAGUUCACUUGUCUUUGGGUUUUAACUUGUGGCUGAUGGGGACAUAAUUCAACAAAUAGCUUAUGGAUUAUUUAUAUUAUCGUUUGAAAUUGAAAAUAGAGGAAAUUCUAUUUUAUAGUAUUCAAGCUGUAGUCAUUGAUUUGAAUUAUCAGAUCAAAGGGUAUUGAAUCUGUAAAAUGGGGAGGCAGACAAUCUAGCUAAGAGUGGGAUAGGUUGAUUGUUAGGAUUCAACUGUGGUUUUCUGGUCUACAGUGAAGACUUUAAUGGCAGGGGGUGUUUUUAAGUUUUAUGUACUGUUAUUGGUG